ACGCCGGGCGUCGAGCGAACGACGUCGGGCGAAGUUCGCCGACUGUUCGUCGCAUAUUCGCUCAUGUGGGAUGGGAAUGCAGCCGACAAAGCAGUCAUGCAAGCAACCUUCCUUCAAGAGAGUGUAGAAGAGGUUGACGGAGGUGCCUAGUCGUGAAAGGAGAAGAAGAAGAAGGUUGACGGAGGACCAUCGCAAACAUCGCCAUCUCACGUGUAGCCCGCCGAUAUUCCUGCUCCAGGAACUUCUUCCAGACUCGCUAGUUCGCGCACUUGCUAUCUGAAGUAUCCUUCUCACCAUGUCCCGGGCUUACGAAGAAGAAGAAACACGACCUGAGGCUGAAGAAGGUUACGGGGCUGAGGAGUCACCGACGGAGCGACUGCCCACUAAGGACCCAUCAGCAGGAAUACGACACGUGUAUCCAAGAGGCGGAGGUGCUGUGCGAAGGGAAAGCUUCUACGUGCCCCUAGUCAUGGAUACUCUAGCUUGGUCCAGGGACACAAUGCAGCGGGGCACAUGGAUGGCGAUAGGCGUUGCUCUCGUCGGAGUCGUAUUCUUCGCAGUUGGAGUUGGCCUCAUCAUGAAGUAUAACUGGGACGUCGACGAAGAGGCAGAGGCUCAGGCAGAGACAGAGCAGGUCAGGGCACCACAAAAGACUGAAACACCUGCUGGCCGUGAGACCUCCGCGCCUGCAUCGCCAAGCACACUGUCACCAAGCACAACGUUACCAAGCACAACAUCAACGCCCCUGACACCGUCCAGCACGGCAGAAACAAACCCUUUGGAGAGAGAAACAAGCACUGAAAGAAUAUAUCCGCCAACUAGGACAGCUUACACGGAUCCCACAGUAGUACCGGAGAAACGACUGGGAAAGUUCCUGUUCUGCACACUUGGAACAUACGCCUUCAUGAACGAUUAUUACCAAAAUUCAGCGUGCGACUACCUAAUAUUCUCGGACAUUACAUACCUGAGAGGCGACAUCGUUGGAAGAGACGACCACGAGGCGUGGAAGAAUUUCCUUGCGUAUGCGGGCAAGAUGAACAGGGUUCCGACUUCGUGGAGUCAUGGCCGUGUGGUUCACAUGGGAGCCAGUUUCAAUGUCGAGGAUCUAGCAACAAUCACACAAAGAACUCAAAGCGGCGUCCUUGUUACAAAUAUGAGAUGGUUGACAGAUCGCUUCAGGAUGACUGCAUUCGGUUUCCUGGGACUGGAAGGAAACUUCAGCAGCAUCAGGGAGAAAAGACGAACGAUGGAGCCCACUUACAGUGAUAUAUCAGCGAUUUUUGAAGAGUCGGCGGUUCCCAAUCCGUAUCCAUUCAGGACCCGAUUUCUUGGACUACGAAUUACCGACGUCUGGCAAGGCGCUAAACAUUUUCAGCGGUUUCUUCUGCAGCUACUUCCGCUAGAUCUCCUGGUGCUACAGACGCACAUCACCGACGCGCCAGACGUGCAACAUAGAAGGACGGAUUGCAUCAUCAGCCCUGUUAGUGCGUGGAACAAAUCUUUCUACAAUGCAAGCUACCACAUCACACUGCAAGAAGCAGCAGACGUGAUUCAAAAUCUUCCAUCGAGUAAACUAAGUGUGGCGGUGUCCCUCACCAUGGGUGUGAUGCACUUCGUGAAACCGAACAGCACUGAGAAACUAAUGUUUGGGGGCAAGUGUAACGCCCAGUACCUGUCCUACUACGAUGUCGUUUGCGACAAGGACGUAUCGCACGUAGAAAUGUCAGCCGUGGCUUACGAAGGUGAUUCUAUGUACACCUUUGAGGACAACGUAACCAUCGCCUCGAAGUUUGAAAUGAUGGUGAACCGAAGCCAGACCGACAAUUUCGGAUGGGCACUCUUUGACAUCCAGUUCGAUAUCUACCGCUGCGACUCUCCGUCCAACGUGGUGCACAUCUUCGAUCGCGUAACGCAGUUGAAAAAGUUGCUCUUCAAAUAAAAAAAGUGUUAACGG